GAUGAGACGUCAAACAAACGAGCUCCUAUUGGAAGUGACUCUGCAGCAGCCACUGACUCCCUGUGUGUGUGUGACCCUGAGCAAGUCACUGAACCUCCUUGUGCUCCGUCCUUCAGGAUGAGACGUCAAACAAACGAGCUCCUAUUGGAAGUGACUCUGCAGCAGCCACUGACUCCCUGUGUGUGUGUGACCCUGAGCAAGUCACUGAACCUCCUUGUGCUCCGUCCUUCAGGAUGAGACGUCAAACAAACAAGCUCCUAUUGGAAGUGACUCUGCAGCAGCCACUGACUCCCUGUGUGUGUGUGUGACCCUGAGCAAGUCACUGAACCUCCUUGUGCUCCGUCCUUCAGGAUGAGACGUCAAACAAACGAGCUCCUAUUGGAAGUGACUCUGCAGCAGCCACUGACUCCCUGUGUGUGUGUGUGUGACCCAGAGCAAGUCACUGAACCUCCUUGUGCUCCGUCCUUCAGGAUGAGACGUCAAACAAACGAGCUCCUAUUGGAAGUGACUCUGCAGCAGCCACUGACUCCCUGUGUGUGUGUGUGACCCUGAGCAAGUCACUGAACCUCCUUGUGCUCCGUCCUUCAGGAUGAGACGUCAAACAAACGAGCUCCUAUUGGAAGUGACUCUGCAGCAGCAGCAGCAGUUGUUGAUGAUGCAGAGUUCACCCCCCUAGUCUCUGUAAGUCGCUUUGGAUAAAAGCGUCUGCUGAAUGACUCUCAAUAGAAUAUUUCUCAAUAGAAACUUCCCCAUUCAGCUCAGUUACUUCACAGCAGACGGGCGGUGAAAAAGCAGAGCAUGCAAAAAAAAGCUGGUAAAUGCAAAACAGAAAGCCAAAAAGAAACACGAAGGAGAAACAGGAGUAAGAACAUAAGAAAGUUUACAAACGAGAGGAGGCCAUUCGGCCCAUCUUGCUCGUUUGUUUGUUAGUAGCUUAUUGAUCCCAGAAUCUCAUCAAGCAGCUUCUUGAAGGAUCCCAGGGUGUCAGCUUCAACAACAUUACUGGGGAGUUGGUUCCAGACCCUCACAAUUCUCUGUGUAAAAAAGUGCCUCCUAUUUUCUGUUCUGAAUGCCCCUUUAUCUAAUCUCCAUUUGUGACCCCUGGUCCUUGUUUCUUUUUUCAGGUCCCCUGGGUCGACAUUGUCUAUAUCUUUUAGGAUUUUGAAUGUUUUAAUCAGAUCGCCGCGUAGUCUUCUUUGUUCAAGACUGAACAGAUUCAAUUCUUUUAGCCUGUCUGCAUACAACAUGCCUUUUAAACCCGGGAUAAUUCUGGUCGCUCUUCUUUGCACUCUUUCUAGAGCAGCAAUAUCCUUUUUGUAACGAGGUGACCAGAACUGAACACAAUAUUCGUUGUCCUCCGACGCUGUAGCUCUGAGGCGGCUGCACGGUGAGUCUGCAGCGUCUAAAGAAGCGGGCGGCUGACGGCACACGCUUCGGAGGACAGGGGGUGUUCAUCUUCACCCCUCCCGAGUCAGCGCAGGGGGGUGGUAGCAGCGAGCUGAGCUGAGCUUAAAAAUAUUUGGCGACCACUAAAUUUAUAUAAAAAAAUUUUUAAAAAAGUUUGUUCCUCCUUUGAAAUGAUGAGAAAGUUUAGAAAGUGCUUCCUUUGGUACAAAAUUAACUGUAGAGUUAACUUUGACACGUCAUGGAGUUCCUCUUUAUCCAGGGAGGUUGUUAUACAAAGCUGUGAUUUCCGUUCUGUUCAAGUGCUGGUCAGAGCUGCUGCUGUAUCUGAGUGCAGUUCUGCUUGGGGUGUCUGUGCUGCUGCUUCUGACACACCGGAGCACUGCUGUGCGGCUGGACAGAAUGGAGCGAGGGCUACUGGUUUCACUGGUUAUACUGGUCUGCUCUAGCAGGGGGGUGUCUCUAACCAUUAUAACUCAGGACCCGGGCUCUGUGACUGGCACAGAGGAGGGAGAGGUCACUGUACCCUGCAGUGUGACAGGGGGUCCUGCAGGACAAGUGAGAUGGUACAGGGACACUGGCAGCGGCAGACAGUAUCUCUACUCUGCAGCCCCUCCGCCCAAUGAGAGAAACGACCCCCGUGUGUCUGUUGUACAUCAAAACCACGCCACAGAUCUCUCCAUUCGAAUUGUGAACCUGAUCCUGAGUGACUCAGGAAUGUAUUACUGUGAGAAAUAUGGAGGGAUUGAUGUGACCCUCAUUGCUAGAGGCUCAGGGAGCAGGCUGAGUGUGCAAGCAAUCCCUGCACUCAUUAUAACUCAGGACCCAGACUCUGUGACUGGCACAGAGGAAGGAGAGGUCACUGUACCCUGCACUGUGACAGGGGGUCCUGCAGGACCAGUGAGAUGGUACAGGGACACUGGCAGCGGCAGACAGUAUCUCUACUCUACAUCCCCCCCUCUGCCCAAUGAGAGAAACGACCCCCGUGUGUCUCAAGUACAUCAAUAUCACCCCACAGAUCUCUCCAUUCGAAUUGUGAGGCUGACCCUGCGUGACUCAGGAAGGUAUCACUGUGACAAAUACAAAGUGUUUGAUGGGUCCCUCAUUGCUAGCGGCUCAGGGAGCAGGCUGAGUGUGCGAGCGCUGCCUCCACUCAUUAUAACUCAGGACCCAGACUCUGUGACUGGCACAGAGGAGGGUGAGGUCACUGUACGAUGCACCCUGUCCACAGUGGGUCCUCCAGGACCAGUGAGAUGGUACAGGGACACUGGCAGCGGCAGACAGUAUCUCUACUCUCCAUCCCCUCCUCCGCCCAAUGAGAGAAACGACCCCCGUGUGUCUCAAGUACAUCAACACCACGCCACAGAUUUCUCCAUUCGAAUUGUGAACCUGACCCUGAGUGACUCAGGAAUGUAUUACUGUGAGAAAUACGGAGGGUUUGUUGAGACCCUCAUUGCUAGAGGCUCAGGGACCAGGCUGAGUGUGCGAGGUGAAGCUCCCUGCAGCUCCAAUCUGUUUCUCGUGUCGGUGUUUCUGCUGGUGAAGCUCGCUCUCCUGGCCGCCAUCAACGCCUUUCUCUUUGUGCUUCUCAAACUGGAGCAGCGCAGACUGAAGCGUGUGGAUGCAGAGUGAGGUGGGGGAGCCCUGCGCUGUGGAGAGGAUUCAGCUCUACCUCCGCUACGCUCCCCUGCCUCCAGAGCCCGCUCCUUCUGCACCCUUGCUCCGCAGUGGUGGAAUGACCUUCCUACAGAUGUCAGGACUGCCCAGUCCCUGACCACCUUCCGGCGCCUCCUUAAGACUCACCUCUUCAAACAGCACCUGUAGAUCUCCUCUGUUUGUAUCCUGGGACACUAUCACCCUUCAUUCAAAUGUGCUUUAUUUUGCUCUUAUCUGCCCCCUAUUUUACUGCAUUUAAUCCUGUACUUCAGAAUACUGUAAUCUGCCAAGUGUUUAACCUGUAGUACUUUGUAUUUAAUCACAUCCUGAUGUAACUAUCACUAUUUAAUCAUAUCCUGAUGUAACUAUCACUAUUAUCUGCUGUAUUAUUGAAUUUUGGUUUGUCACACUUGUACUUUGCUUGAACAAAAGUUAUUGUAUUUCUUGCUCUUAUUGUAUUACUUGUAUUGUAACACUUGAAAUGUAUUUGCUUACGAUUGUAAGUCGCCCUGGAUAAGGGCGCCUGCUAAGAAAUAAAUAAUAAUAAUAAUAAUAAUAAUUCACAGCAGAGCUGGCUGGGGCCUCUUGUUAUAUUGGACAUCUUAAAGCUCUGCUCUAAAUGCUGAGAAUGCUGAAGCAGACAGUGGACUUGACUGGAGAGUCUGCGAGUCAAUAGAGAUGCUCUGCACUGCUUGAUCUGCCUGCUGAUAAGGGGAGGAGAGGAAAGAGGAGGGGAGAGGAGAGGAGAAGGGGAGGAGAGGAAAGAGAGGACGGGAGAGAGAGAGAGAGGAGGGGAGAAGAGAGAGGGAGAGAGGAGAGGAGAAGGGGAGAGAGGAGAGGGGUGACAGAGUGAGAGGAGGGAGAGAGGAGAGGAGAUGGGAGGAGGAGAGGA